UAUCCAUUGGUCGAUCGCCUGCUCGCUUGCUCGUUCUUUUGCCACACACCCUCAACUGCAUUGCAACCAGCCAUUUACCAGCGCCAUCAUCAUCGCAGCAGUAUCCUUAUUGCUGCCCAUUUCACCGGGGGCCCAAAGGCGGAAAGAAGGGCAAGCACCCGGGCCGUGGUUCAUUCACACCCCAAUUCAAGCUUCCUUCCCAGACCAACCUCCAGGCCGCAGAGCGGACGCUUGCUAUUGCGUCGCAUCCUUCCCUCAUUCUCUGCGACUCCAUAGCCAAAGAGUCGAAUAGGACCACACAGCAUCAGCAGCCACAGCAGAAGUAAUGUCGAAUACAGCAGCAGAGACUGCCACGCCGGCACCUGGUGGCGGGGGUCCCCGCAGGCCGGGCGGGUAUGUCAGAAGAGGCGGCCAUAGAGGAACCAGAGGCGGUGGCGCCAAGUCACAGCAAGAGCAGAUUCCAGAUGAUGAGUCGGAGGCGGCGAGGCAGCUUCGGUCCAAGUACCCACAGCAGCUCAGCCAACUUAAGAUGCUCUUCCCUGACUGGACCGAUGAGGAGCUCCUGUUUGUGUUGCAAGAUGCUGCUGGCGAAGUCGAGCUUGCGGUUGGACUCAUCUCAGAAGGUCAUGCACAGCAGUUCUCCUCGGUAAAGCCAAAGAAGGAGCAAAAGAAAGAAACUUCGAGCACUACCCCAGUUGCAGCGUCAGAGUCAACAGCCGCCUCCACAGCGCACCCUGCUCGCAGCGGUGGUGGCAGCGGCAGCUUGGGAGGUCGGCCUGUGCGUGGCGCAAGCACCGCCAGCCGAGGUGGCCGCGGCGCUGGACGCGGUGCUGGUCGAGGAGGUGGUAUGGUCGGGGGUCGCGGCGGCGCAGCGGAUGCGGCGCAGGUGAAUGGCCACCACACAACCGAAGAGGCCGUCCAGGCGCCCAUAGUUCCGACCAGCACAGGCCCCAGCUGGGCCGACAGGCUGAAAAAGGCUGCACCGAAGACAGCAGCGCCCGUCGCCGCGGCGGCCGCGGCAGUCGCGGAGCCAACCGUCACUGCUGCAGACCAGGAGGCUGCCAACUCAUGGAGCGCCCAACCGGCAGCCGCCGCGGCCGCUACAGACUCUUGGAGUGACGAGCCUUCCCAGUCGACACCCGCUACCACAGUCGCGACGCAGCCAGCGCCCGUCGCGGCGCCCGCGCCCGUGCCUGUACCCGCCUCGUCUCCUUCCAAGCCUACGCCAGCAGCAGCGGCAAAGGCGAGCAAGGUCGGCAUGUCGUGGGCUCAAAUCGCUCGCCCGGCUGAACCACCAAAGCCAGCUCAGCCCGCGCCUGUCGCACCCGCGCAGGUAUCAGCACCGGCCUCCGCCCCAGAGGCAGUCGCUGCCACCGCCACCACUCCCGUCGAUGCCGCAGCCCCGGCUCCCGCAGCUCCAGACUCCGCCACACAGCUGGAGUCUGCGCAAAGCAUCCCUGAGGCCUCUGUGGAAUUGCCGUCAGUAGCGGCAACAGAAGCUGCUCCUGUUCUGAGCGCCCCGCAAGCAGAAGUUGCCGCCCCGGCGGUCCCGGUUGAAGCGGGAGCCGCAUCAGCCAAGCCUGCACCGGGCAAGGUUGCCUCUGCCACGCGCAAUGUCCAGCGUCCCAAGCAGGACCAGCCAGUCGUUAUGCCCUGCGGCGCAGCCGCGCUCGACAACCUGGGCGUCCAGUUCGGCUCGCUCAACAUCGACGCGGCCGACGCACCCGAGACGGCGGAGGCUGCGACAGAUGCACCCGUCGUGCAGACCUCGCAGCAGCCGCAACAGCUGGAGGAGACCGUCCCGACCCACCAACCGCAGCAGCAAGAGCAACAAGAGCAGCAUCAACAACAGCAGCAGCCAGGCGCAGGCCUGCACGACCGCUUCCAGCAGAGCGCUGUGGCUGCCCAGACGCAGAGCCUUCAGAACCAGGGUCAGCAGACCGACUCAUUCGCACAGGCUGCCGCUCAGCCGCAGCCCUCCGCGCUCGCCAGCUUUGGGGAUGCGUACAGCUCAGCUCCAUACGGCUUCCCGUCACAAGCUCCCGGACAGGCCCAGCAGGCUGCGCCGUAUGCUGCGAGCCUCGGCGCACAAACUACUCCGCAGCAGCAGCAGGCGCCGCAGCAACAGCAAUUGCUGCAGGACUACUCGGCCAUGUACGGCGGCCUCGAUGCACAGCGACUCGCCAGCUUCUACUCGAGCUACGACCAGAAUGCUUCGCUCGGCUUCAGCAGCGCUCGCACUGAUGAUGGCAAGGCGCAAGUUGCUCAGCAGGGCCAGCAGCAGGCGACCGGUCAAGGACUCGACCACCAACAGCAGCAACAGCAACAGCAGGCGCAGUCUGGCUCUCAGCAGCCGCAGCAACAAGCGGGUAUGCAGCACCAAGCUCAGCAGUUCCCUGGUGUGAUGCCAUAUUACUACCCUGGCUACUACCUCCCUAACCAGUUCCAACAUGCCUACGGCCAACCCGGUUACGGCCAGUACCCGCUGUACAAUCAGCACAGCGGCCAGCCACAGCAGCAGUCGCAUCUCUCCAAGCCGAGCACUCCGGGCACGAUGGCUUCGCCGUACAACCAGUCGCAGAGCGAUCUCUCUGCUUACAGCAACUACGGCCAGACCGCCAGCAGCAUCACGAGCGGCUAUGACAGCCAGAACGCCUACUCGCGCGGCGCCGGCGCACAGUCCAAUGCGUCCACGGACUACUCCAAGUACUAUGGCGGCAACAACCAAGCCGCUGGCGGCUUUGGUUCUUCCUUCGGCAACGUCAUGCCUGGCCAGUCUCCUGGGGUCCAGAAGCAGGGAGUCAGCGGGCCAAAGAAUGGCGCGGCCGGCAUCAACGGCACAGGUGGCUCACCAGCUAGCAUCCACAACUCGCUCGACCCGUACCGCGCGUACGACUCAAGCAAACCCGCGCAGUCCCUCACCUCGCAGGGCGGUCGCCCUGCUGCUGGCCAGUAUGCUCAAGGCAGCACCGCACCGCAACAACAGCAGCAGCCGCAGCAGCAGCAGCAAGGUGGUCCCCAACAGGGUGUUCAACAGCAGCAGCCACAGCAACAACAGCCUUACUACCAGCAGUACUCUGCCUACGGCCAGAACAGCGGAUACGGCAGCUACCCUGCAUACAAUAACUACGCUGGUGGGCGAUGGGGUCAGUGAGCGCUGUUCUCUCUACUUUUCCGCAACAUGUGACCAGACCGAGAGCACCCACUCGAGCAGAAGAGCAUUGUCACGUAACGAAGUAACUGCGUGGGGAUCUGCCAGAACGCUGCCCACGUCAGAGAGCGUGAGAGAGAACGGCACACUCAUCAUAGCGUUGAAAAGAAGGAAAAAAGACUGUACUACUAGCGCAACGACUUGGCGAUUGGUUAUUGAACGCUUGGUAGCUUGUUCUCUCUGACAUCAAUCAUAAUGUCUCGCCCUUC